AUGACAGCAUCAUCGUUAUUCUGGCUGGAGCAAUUGCACUUAUCAUCGGUUUUGGUAUUUCAGGGAGACACUCCAUCAGUCACUACUCUCACCUCAGCUGGGAACAUUGGGGAGGAUGGAAUCCUGAGCUGCACUUUUGAACCUGACAUCAAACUUUCUGAUAUCGUGAUACAGUGGCUGAAGGAAGGUGUUAUGGGCUUGGUCCAUGAGUUCAAAGAAGGCAAAGAUGACCUGUCGGACCAGGAUGAAAUGUUCAGAGGUCGGACAGCAGUGUUUGCUGAUCAAGUAAUAGUUGGCAAUGCCUCUCUGAGGCUGAAAAAUGUGCAACUCACAGAUGCUGGCACCUAUAAAUGUUACAUCAUCACUUCUAAAGGCAAGGGGAAUGCUAACCUUGAGUAUAAAACUGGAGCCUUCAGCAUCCCAGAAGUGAACAUGGAGUGUAACGCCACCUCAGAGAGCUUACGAUGUGAGGCUCCCCGAUGGUUUCCCCAGCCAACAGUGGUCUGGGCAUCCCAAGUUGACCAGGGAGCCAACUUCUCAGAAGUCUCCAACACCAGCUUUGAGCUGAACUCUGAGAAUGUGACCAUGAAGGUUGUAUCCAUACUCUACAAUGUCACGAUCAACAACACAUACUCCUGUAUGAUUGAAAACAACAUUGCCAAAGCCACAGGGGAUAUCAAAGUGACAGACUCUGAGAUUAAAAGGCGAAGUCACCUCCAGCUGCUGAACUCAAAGGCUUCCCUGUGUGUCUCUUCUGUUGCCAUCAGCUGGGUACUCCUGCCUCUCUGCCCUUACCUGAUGCUAAAAUAA